GAAGAAGAGUUUGUAUACUUAGUCUGACGUAACCAUGGCGAGAGUAGGGUCGUUUACGCUUUCUCUCUUUGUAUUCCUGUUAUUUUUGACAUUUGGCCCCUCGGAAGGAGGGAAAAAGUACAAAAUAGAUGUGAAAAGGACUAAAGUGUUCGGACCGGGCCUCCAGCCAGAGAAAAUCGUUUAUCCUGUGCGUUAUUUCUUCAUAGAAGUGUAUGACACCAAAGGCAACAGGUACCGCACUUAUCAGACAUGCAGAGGUACUUCCAUUCAUGUGCUGUACAAUAGUCAGCAAGUUGCUGAUUCUCCUUAUAAGAUAGAAGACCCUAUAUAUGCAGAGGAUUGUUAUUGCCCAGUUGGUGAUAUCAAAACCUGGAGAGAACUUGCUGGUUGUGCGAGUUCAUACCCUCAAAUUGAGCAAGAUUUAAAGCCUUUUGUGGAAGUAGAUUUUGAUCCGGUUCUGAAGGAUGCUCAGCAAAGGUUCAGCCAUGCCGGUUCUCGUAGUUUUUGUAACUACGUCAUCAAGGAUAAUAAUGUUUAUCGCAAGUGCUACGGCCAACAUGUGGGCUUCAAUAUGUUUAUGGAUAAUAUACUGCAUUCGUUGGUGAGGAAGAUGGUAGUACCAGACAUCGAAUUCAUUAUUAAUCUUGGUGACUGGCCACUUGUAGAUCCAAAGGUGAAGCCACUGAUACCAAUCUUCUCUUGGUGUGGUUCACAAGAUACUGCUGAUAUUGUGAUGCCUACUUAUGAUAUUACAGAAGCCACCUUAGAAAUGAUGGGCAGGGUGACAUUAGAUUUGCUGUCUGUGCAGUCAAACAAUGACAUAUCAUGGAAGAAGAAAAAACCACAGGCAUUUUGGCGAGGGCGUGACUCCCGUCGGGAACGACUGAACUUGAUUGAUAUUGCUAGGGAACAUAAAGACCUCUUCAAUGCUUCAUUAACAAACUUCUUCUUCUUUAAAAAUGAAGAACAGAAGUAUGGACCUAAAGAGAAGCAUGUCUCGUUUUUCAAAUUUUUUGAUGUGAGUCUGUCCCAUAUAUCUACACACAUGCAUGACCAACCAGAUAAGUAUAAAUACCAGUUAAACAUCGAUGGCACUGUUGCAGCAUAUCGCUUUCCAUACCUUUUAGGGGGAACCAGUGUUGUUCUGAAGCAAGAAUCUCCUUAUUACGAAUUUUUCUACCAUGACCUGGAGCCAUAUGUCCAUUAUAUCCCCUUUAAGAGAGAUCUGUCAGAUCUUGUUGACAAGAUUAAGUGGGCAAUCGAGAAUGAUGAUAAAGCACAAGAAAUUGGCCGAAAUGGACGUAAAUAUAUGCAGGAGAACCUUAUGCCAAAGGAUAUCUAUUGCUAUCAUGCUGCCCUUUUUGAAGAGUGGAGUAAACGUCUGAUUUCCAAGGUAGUUGUGCGGGAAGGCAUGGAGCAUGUUCCUACCAAAGAAAAUGAGAAGCGUUUUGGAGACUGCCGUUGCCACCAUCUCAGAAAACACGAUGAACUGUGAUGAAGUUGUACUGUACAUGCAAGUAGCCAUUUUUGGAAAUGUUACCAUAUUGAGAUGCAAUAGUAUUUGUUUUGAUAUAGCAGAAGUAUAUUGUAGUUUUGUUCUAGAAUUUAUUAAUUUAAACUGUAGUGUAGUUUACUAUUAAAAUAUUCGCUAAGUUUUUUGUAAUUAUGACAGAUGCAUGACCUUACCAUGAAGGUAUGCAUACAUAGCACAAGCAGUCUUUCUAUCCAUAAACAAAGUUUUGAGUGCCAAUGUCAGUCCCUUAUGGCUGUGUUUUUGGUCAGCAUUUUUCAUCGGUUGAUAAAUAAUGUAUCCUAGUACAGUAGUUAAGUGUGAAUGAGAUGUUUUUCAUUACUAUAAGAUAGUGUCCUUUGCUUUACCCAGGUCAACAUAAUUUUGUUCAUGUGCCUUUAAAUUUUCAAUGUUGAUCACAGUACUGUAAUGUUCCUGGUUUUCAGGAUAUAAGUUAGUAUUCAAAAUAAUCAUUUUGCAAAGGCUUACAUAUAUUAUGGUGCUCACAUUCACGUAACUCCGGCCAAUAUUUUAAGUACAUAGAUACAAAUUGAGAUGCAAUAAUAAUGUAGCAUAAUCUUUUGAUUGAUUUUUCUUGAUAAUAUCUCUUUCACCGCUUACAUGGAUGUUUCUGAUCCAUUAUUAUGAAGUACAAACAGACAUAUAGUUCAUUAGUUGAUUGUUUUUCAGAACUAGAAUGAAGGCACUACGUAAAUAGGUGAUCAAUAUUGUUACUGACAAUAAAACUUCCAACUAGAUGUUUCCCUCAUUUUUGAGAGACAAGAAAAUUUUUUUAGCUGAAGAACAAUUGGUUUUAUUUUUUUUUUUCAUAGACUUUAAGGUUUCCAAUUUAGCUUUGAAAAAUUUUUUAUUCUUACCCAUUUUUGAUAAGUUGUUGCCACCAUGGGACUGUUUAUUUGCCACCUAUAAUGAAUCAAAACCUGCCUCCUCCACUUGAAUGGUGAUAGUAUUUUGGCUCAAGUAUAAAAAAAUUUUAUUCAUGAAAUAAAAUUGACUGUUAAGUAAAUAACCGUAUGGGCAAAGAUCAAAUCAUUUAGGGUAUGCUCUCUAGUUAAUUUAAACUACUUAAAUGUGUUUUCAUGGUGUGGCUUAAGUAAUUUAACAUUGUGUGCUGUGAAUAAAAGUUAGAAUUACAGGAACUUGGACAUCAGAUUCAGGCAGCAGGUUUUGUCUGAUCUGGUAGUACAUGUAUUAACUUUAUUUUGUUUACCUUUUAUUGCUUAACUCAUGUUUAUCUGUUGCACACUCCACUUGUGGUUUUGUUCUAAAUAGGAAUCUCGAUACAUAAUUUAUAUUUUGCAUAGGAUUUAUCAUUGUUAAAAUGAUAUUUGAUAGAAUAGUUUUUUUUACUUUGUCAAUAAAAUUGCCUUGACAUACUGUUUCAGUCACCAAAGAUGCACCUGGGGAAAAUUCAGAAGUUCCUGCAAAAAUACACUGCUUUCAUGUGGCCCUUGUCAUGUUUGGAAAUAAUGUGGAGAGAUUUUCAUACCCAGUGUUGUAACGGGGAACUUUAGAUACUUGUACAUAGUAUAAUAUUUAAUACUUUAGACUUCUCUGGGAUGAGAAAAUUUUCAGACAAUAACAAUACAUAGUUUCUUUUGAGUAGCAAAGUGAACAUACAUAGUAAUUUUAUUUAUGUUUGACAGCAUGAUGAUGAGGAAAGAAUAUGCUCUCCAAUUUUUUAUAUUUUGUGUGAGGAAAAAACCUAAUUAGAUCAACAUGAAGUCCAGGAUUUUAUGUUUUACAUGUAUUUACUUCAUUUUGACCGUUAUGUCUUUGAUUCUUACCUGUUGAUUGCAGGCAUAUUUUAUCUGAGUAUGGCAACAUUGUAGAAUGGUCUUUGAAAGUAGUUUUGUGCUUCUUUGUUAUAUUGUAAAGCAGUUGAUUUACAUAUGCAGUAUUUCCCAUUAUGUAUAUCAGUUUGAACACCUUAUUUCUUUAAGAGAUUAACCAAUAAGAUCUCCUUGUUCACAGCAUGAAAUUUGCAUUAUAGAUAGAACAUAGGAAGCAUAGAACUUAGUCCCCCCCCCCCCCCCCCCCCCCCCCUCCCGGCUGUCAUAUGGGCUAUUCCUUGUUUCACAUUUUGGAUGGUGUCAAAGAUUCUUUGCAACAGUCCAUAGUGCAAACUCCUUCCCAAACCCUUGCAUUUCCAUAUCACCUUCUGGCCUCUUGCCACCUACUGUGAAAUAUGUCCAAGUAGUGUCAUUUAACGAUACAAUUAUACAUUAUUCCCAUUGCAGUUAAUGACUGCCUAUGAUGAUAAGGGUGGUUGCCUGUUAUUUAUCCUGUCAGCUUAUAAAUAUCCCACCAGUUCCUGACUUAAACUUUAAGUGGUAUGUGUGGUCUACCACUAUGAAAUUCAUACAUUUUAUAAUGUGAUAGACUUUCAUGAUUCUGAAGCUUUUUAGAAAGCAUAUUUAUUGUUAUGAUUAGUAGUGCCUUUCAUCACUGAUCAUUUGGCAAACUUUACCAUUUUUUUACAGGUUUUAAGUAUGUACAUGUAAUUAAGGAUUUGAAAAUAUGGGAAGCAUUAGAAUUUUUAUUUACAUAUUUGAACUCUAUAAAUUUACACAUACAAACCUACAUGUAAUGUGAUGAGAGGUGUGCUCUGUGACGCAGUAAAAAAAAAAUGAGUAGGUAGCUGUAAUACUUAAUAUCAGCAGAAUGGAUGGCUUAUCAAAAAAUGUACAUCUCCUGCAGUUUUAUCUGCAUUCUCUGAAAUUAAGGCUGUCUAAUGGGGAUAAUGCAAUGGGAACUUUUAUUUUUUUUUUUUUUUUAGUAUUCUUUUAUAAUUAAUAGUAAAUGUUAUGCAAAAUUUCACAGAAUGCAGAGGGUGCACAAUGGAGAUAUGCAGUUUUUUGUACAUAUCUUGAAUGGCUGCCAAAACUAUUUUAUUAUUAGUGUAAGAAAUAUUUGUUGUAAGACUAAUUAAACUGGUGUCGUAUAAACCUAGACUGUAAACCUGGUUUAUUCAAAUUCUAGUAGGGAAGCAGUUGUGAAAAUCCUUCAUAAAGAGCACUGCAUUAACCAGAGAUGGCAACAUUUCAACACUGAAUGUAAUUUACCAACAAAGUCAAUCAUACAUUGAGACCUAUAGCACUGUAAAUCUAAAAAGACUUUUUAACACUGAAAUGGAAACCUGAGUCCUCCAUAUCAUAGUUAAGUAGACCUGUACAAUAUACAAAAUGAAAGCACUAUACAAGAAAUUAGAAAUUAUUUCCUAUGAUAUGAUACUGUUUCAUCACUGAUAAGUACAAUGUGUGAAAGGUAGUCCUGAAGCUUUUUUGUGUUUUUUCUAAUUUAACUAUGUUAGUGUGCUGUAACAUAAUUUCUAAUAAUGACAUAUUAACCAAGGCCAUACGUGUCAGUAUAUAAAAGAGUACAUAUACUUUACAUACUUUUAUUCUGAAAUGAUGCUUUGUUUCAUACAACUUUUAUACAGUAUUUAAAAUUCAUUUCUGGAUCUAUAUUGAAAUUAAACAUUACUCUGUAUAUAUCACAUGGUAUAACUUUCAAAAGAGAUAGUUUAACAAGCCUAAGCUUUACUUCCUACACAGAUACUCCUCUGUUCCUCCAAACAAGAUUGCAUUUGUAAAUCAAAUGCAAUCAGAAAGACACUCACCAAUAUAAUCCAUAACAAUGUAUUUACAAGUAAUUACAUUAGGAUGACUUCAUACAUAAUUACCCCAACCCCAACACCGACCAGUGCUCACUUUGGCAACCCUCUAUGGGAAAAAAUUAGACUUUACACAAAAUCCCUGUGCACAUCACAUAGUAGUUUUAUUAAAAAUUUUACAACCACACAGCCUGAGCACCUAAGGCUCUAUGAAGAAGCCUCACAUCCUGUCUUACAUUCAUGACUAGAACAACCUACCCAACAGUCAUCUGGACAUAAGUGCCUUAUUGUCCAGAAAUAACACGGGUAAGUUCUUCCCUCUCAGCUCAUAUUGUUAAAGUAUUCCCAAACAUUUUACUGGCUGAAACUGUUGCAGAAGCAGUCCAACACAUUCAGUGGAGGGUACCAAAAUUACCAAUCUCAUAAUUGAAAGUAUCCUUUUCCUGUGACUUGACAGAAUCAUUAAGUUCCACCAAUAUUAAGACCCCAUGGUUUAGUGUUUAAUACUGUAUUGAAUGAAAACUAAGUAAAUUUCCAUUUUCCAGUUAUUUACUGUCUGCAUAUGAGUAUUAAUAAUCCACUAGUUUAAAUUCAUGUUCCUAAUAGCAAAGCCCAAUUUGUCCCGUCUCUGUUGCCACCUUCAGAAACAACUAAGGCCAUCAAUGUCAAGAAAAAGAAAUGUUCCUUACAAAACAUAAUCCAGUCUAACCAUCACCAAAUUCUAGGUAAAAAUAGUAUAUAAAUGUAUUACAGAAACAUCUAUAAAG